AUGGAACUGAGCAGUAUCAAAAUAGACAGAAUCAGAGACGCAAUCAGAACAGUACGCUAUUUCACAGACUAUGACGAUGAUAUCGAAUGCAACCAGAUUGAUUCAGAACUAAUUGAUCAGACUGAUCAAGUCGUAUUUGAUGAAUCAUUUAUUGGUGAAAUGCACUGUGGUGGAAUACUGGGCACCAAACAGGUAGUGCAAAUCACCAGUGACGAAUUCGUGUUCAACCAACACGUCAGGGGCAAGUCAAACUCGCUUGUCUUCUACACAGGCGACUUCAAGUACUGCAUUAAGGAGAUCAGAAAGGGUGAAUUCGACUAUUUGGUUGAAAACAUCUCCCAUUUUGUGGAACACUGCCGUGGUAACACAUUCAUUGCCAGAUACCAUGGGAUAUUCACAGUUGAGUAUUUCACAGGCCAUAAGCACCACUACGUAGUGAUGCAGAAUGUGCUUGAUAGGAAGUAUAGCAGAAUAUACGACUUAAAGGGGACCAAUCUGAGGCGGAAUGAGAUCAGUGCAAUCAGGCACAAUUUGGAUGGAUCCAUAGGUCUCUCUCCCAGUAGCAUCAGUCAGCUCAAUUCUGAUAUUGAUUUUCUGACUCGUAUUGGUCUCAUGGAUUAUUCAAUAGUGGUUGGAGUCAGUUCAGAUGGGAGCAAAUGUGCAAUUGGAAUUGUAGACACCCUCACUGAGUACAGAAUUGGGAAGAAGGUAGAGAGAAUGUACAGUUUGGUAUUCUACGGUGAUACAAGGACAGCUGCAAAUCCAGAGAAAUAUGGGGAGAGAAUCAAAAGAAUGGUGAAAGAGAGGUUUAAUAGGUGUGGUGGUAAUUAG